GAGGAUGUCAAGAGGCUACAAGUGACUCUGGGUGACGACAAGACUUACGAAGACCAUUACUAUAACAAGCCCUUCGAGAUGGGCGCUGCCUACUGGACGCUUGUGGUGACAGAGAAGAAGAGCGGCUCCUGGACUGAGAGGGUGUGCAGUGUCCCCCGGAGAUUUGUGGCAGCCCCCAACAACACAUCUGAGGGGCUGGGUCUGGCGGCUGGGAUGGCGGCGAUGUUGUUGGUGAUAGCAGCGCUGGCCAUUGUUUGCAUAAAGAUACGAGCCAGAUGUAAUGCCGGGAUGUGAAGGCAGGAGAAGAAACUUAGAAGUAUACGGAAAAGACGUAGGUUAAGUCAUUAUAAGUGAUUACAAGUAGUUAUAAGUGAGCAUAAGUAGUUAUGAGUAAUUCUAAGUCACUAUAAGGCCAUCAUAGAUAUGUAAGAAAUUGCUAGAAGGUAUCCUUAAUAACAACCUGUAGCAUAACACAUCACCCCCCCUCAGACUACAAUUACAUCAGAUGGUGCAAAACUGUCCCGCCAGAUUUUCCGGCGUCUACCGUCCCUCCCUUUCCUCCCCUCCCCCUACCAGCGCACGCAUUUGAAGCAUUUGUCAGCCAUUGCUUGUAAAAGUCCUAUCAGUUAAAAUCAUCCACCCUUGCAUAGAUUUUUCCGCUGCUUCACAAGUAAUUUCGUCACCUUGCACGUUAAGUGACCGUACCCAUAUAUAAACUACCCUAAUCUUCCCUUUAUUUUGAAUAAAACCUUAAUAUAUUAUAAAUCAGCUACUUGGCCCCUUUUUCCGCGCUACGGGGCCGCCCUAGGGCGGGUAUAAAAACUCGGGGUAGCGUUUCCCGGGAUCGUAUUAGACAAGGGCCCGUUCCCCUUCAUAGGGGUUAAUCAUAGAAGAAGAAGUUUCCCGGGCAUCACUCGCCGCUCACCCGCUGUUGCUUACAGGUAUGUACAUGGCUUUCCCGCCUUCGCCCCCCCAUUUGUUUCCUCCCUCCCUACGUGCUCCCCAGUGUGAAUUACCGUCUCCCCUUUAGCCAAUGUGUGUCUUAAUUAUCCUGUAAAUGCAUUUCUGAUCCCAGUAAAUGAAAUAGGCAUCAUCACUCGCCGCUCACCCGCUGUUGCUUACAGGUUCUGGCGGCCCACUCCCUACACACACACACACACACACACACCAUACACCCACACGAACCCGUGAUUCUUCCCGAUGUGUUCUUUUAGUUGUUAACCUCAGUACGCCUCUCUUCUUUUCGUGAUAGGGUAGGAAGAAGGAGACCCCCUUGAGCGUUCCUGGAGCCUUAAGGGGUAGGAACGGGGACUCAACCCCCAUAAUCUUUCUUUGUCCCCUAUCGCGGAAGAUACUAUGUGAGUAUCUAGGCGUAUUACUAUUAAUUUGUGGUUUAUCUCUAGGAUAAGAAGUGUUAGUAAAAUAGGAGGCUGUAUGUUUGUCGUUUUCGACGGAUAUUGUCCUCGCCGUGUACGGGCCCCCUCGGAAGUGUAAAGCUUUCCCCUCCCUGAAUUUUCCUAUAUCUUAUGUACCUGGUUUUGCAAUAGAUGUACACCCAUGCAAGGGUAAGGUUUUCUUAGAGAAUUCUCAACCAUAUUCUGACUACCAUUGUGAGAGGAGAAAUUAGAACUCAGUCGUGUGUCCAUUCGUCCACUUCUGUCAGUUUCGGGAAAAUCGUGCCUUCAAUUAGCUGUUAACUGUAAACCGUGUCAUCAGUUAUGACUAUAUGUACCUCCUAAACUAAGUCUCACAUGAAUAAAUGUACCAACUCCUA